GGUUCCUAGCCUGUCUUACUUAAAAUUAGGCAUAAAAAACAGAGCAAAGCCUCAACAAAACAAGUCGUCUUUACUUAACUAGUCAAACCAAUGUACUGAAGCCCUAUUGGGGCAAGACAGCAAAUACAGAGAAGACAGUGAUGGUGAUAGAGCAAGCAAAAAAGGAGUUGGAGAAGCUGGAAAUUCAGCAUCCAAAUAGUUUUCAGUCCCUCAAGUUUGAACUCAGAAACUUCAUAUCUCAACUAGAAGAGGAAGAGGAAGAGAAGCUCUCAUCUCCACAAUACUAUUCCACCACUGCUUCCACCCAUGUUUCGUGGACCGGGAAGAAGAGAAAGAAGGGCAGUAGUGAUGAGGAAGAAAUGAGGGAUGUUGAUGAAGCUGAAUCUAAGUUGGAAGUUUGUAAGAUGUUGUGUAGGAAGAGGUCUUGUUGUGACGAAGCCUACGGGAAAAGAAGAGAUAUGAAUACCGUUGCUGCGAUUGAGAGAGCUCGAGUUUGUCUCCAGAAAGUGCAGCAACUGAAAACUAGCUUUUUCCGAUACUAGUGAUAUGUGAAGACGUUUUGUAUGUAUAUUAUGCAACUUUUCAUCUUCUUUUCAGGUUACCCGUUAGUUUUCACUUUCACUUUUUAAGAAGCAUAAAUAAGGCGAAUUCCGAUUAUCCCAAUUCGAUGAAUACAAACUUGUUUUAUCAA